AUGGCUGAGGCAGACGUUCGAUUUGUUAAAACAGCCCGUAAGAAAAUUAUUAUUGGCGUUAUUGUAGCCAUCGUCGUAUUAUGUGCAAUAGUUAUUCCAUUUGCAGUGACUAGUCAAGCUAAUCUACCGCAAAAUAGCAAUGCUACAGCACCAUCCACCACUACUAGUAGCGUUGCUACAACGCAGCCAACAACGCCACCAUUAACCAAUGCCCCUACUUGUGCAAGUGUUCAAGAUAAUCAACGAUUUGAUUGCUUUCCAGACAGUGCUAAAGCCAGUAGAAAUUUAUGCCAAGCGCGAGGUUGUUGCUGGAUCCCAACCAAUACACCAAUGGCACCAUCCUGUUUUUUCCCUCCUAACUAUCAGUCCUUUACUGCGGUAGAGCAAAAUGCAACCUAUGGCAGGAGUUUCCUUUUAACAAGGCAUUCCUCCAUGACUACACAUUACGGCUCACCAGUAAAUCGUCUUCGUUUACAGAUUCAGUAUCAAACUGCUAACCGACUUCGAAUUAAGAAUUGUAUUUCUGAAAAGGUUGGCAAGGAUAGAAGGAUUAGAAUGGCCGAGACAAUAAUCUUGCUGAUUAAUUAUAUUACUUUAAAGGCAAAAUUUCUUUACCUUAUAACAUUUUAUUCCAGAUACUAA